GCGACGCGAGAGUCCAAAAGUAGAUUGUCAGCGUCUCAUAAACUCCAGUUUCCCUUUUAGCUGCAUCAUCUUCUGAAAAACCUGGAAGGGGACGAUGACUCGGCUCCGCUUCGGUUUCCAUAGGAUCCAGUCUUCCAGUCCCCCGCAAUGAAUCCGCCCAGUUCCCCUAGGAAGUUGGCAGCCCGGGAAGCUCCCGGUUGCGCUCUCCCUGGUGCUGAGAACACUCGGGAGCAACCCGAAAGCCAAGGGCGCUAUCUGUGGUGCUGAAAUCACUCCGGCACACGCUGGAGCAAUAAAGGGCGCUGUGCAGAUUAGAAUCACCAGCCCCCGGCGCGCGAAAUCCCAGUCUACUCUAGAUCGGUGCUCUAUACGCGCUGCCCUUGGGGUAAGUGGCUGCAGACUUGCGCUCAGUAAUGAAGUGCUAGGGCUGCUAUUGUCCGACAGCUUGGAACUUAGCCAUCAGGUUCUCUCAGGCUGGCACGUGCUGGGCAUUGGGAACUUUUGACUUCUUCUUUGGACUGAUAAACUAGAUGACCCCCGUCCCCACCUCUCAACCCCUACGGGUUAGGGAAACGUUUAGCAGAAAACCAGGACUUAUUUUAAACACUGGACCAUCUUCUCCUAGGAAGUAGGGUCAUUCCUCCUUCCAAAUCAGCCAUGGCACUGCCUCCACCUUCUGCCAAUGACUCCUGCACUUCCGAAAAGACUUUCUAAUUGUGGCUCCCAACUCUGUUCUGUUAGGAAAUCCGUGGGCUGCAUGUAACGCUCUCUCUUUCUCUCUCCCUCUCUCUUACACACACACACACACUCACUCACACUCCCUUUAUCUGGAGACGCACCAAUAGCCAUUUAAUGGGUGAAAAAGUUAGAGAUUAAACCAAUAUGAGCGAUCGUAGCUGUUCAUAGCAGUGCCCUGUUCAGCACAGAGUGAAGCCCAGUGAAAACCUCUGCAGGCAUGGAGUCGGUAAAACAAAGGAUUUUGACCCCCGGCAAGGAGGGAAUGAAGAAUUUUGCUGGGAAAUCGCUCGGUCAACUCUACAGAGUCCUAGAGAAGAAACAGAAGCCUGGGGACAACAUCGAACUGACAGAAGAUGGGAAACCCCUGGAAGCGCCCGUUAAGAAAGCCCCAAUGUGCGACUGUGCCUGCUUUGGGCUGCCCCGGAGGUACAUCAUUGCCAUCAUGAGUGGACUGGGAUUCUGCAUCUCUUUUGGAAUCCGUUGUAAUUUGGGAGUAGCCAUCGUGGAUAUGGUCAAUAACAGCACCAUACACCGAGGAGGAAAAAUUAUUAAAGAGAAAGCGAAGUUUAACUGGGAUCCUGAAACAGUUGGCAUGAUCCAUGGCUCUUUUUUCUGGGGGUAUAUAGUCACUCAAAUCCCUGGGGGAUAUAUAGCAUCCAGACUAGCAGCUAACAGGGUCUUUGGGGCUGCUAUAUUGCUGACCGCCACACUUAAUAUGCUAAUACCAUCUGCUGCUAAGGUGCAUUAUGGGUGUGUCAUCUUUGUCCGGAUCUUGCAGGGCCUUGUAGAGGGUGUCACUUAUCCUGCCUGCCAUGGGAUAUGGAGCAAGUGGGCUCCUCCUUUAGAAAGAAGUAGGCUAGUAACCACUUCUUUUUGUGGUUCCUAUGCAGGAGCUGUUAUUGCAAUGCCUUUAGCUGGGAUUCUAGUGCAAUAUACUGGAUGGUCUUCUGUGUUUUAUGUGUAUGGGAGCUUUGGGAUAGUUUGGUAUAUGUUUUGGCUUUUGGUGUCAUAUGAGAGUCCUGCAAAACACCCAACGAUCACAGACGAAGAGCGCAGAUACAUAGAGGAGAGCAUUGGAGAGAGUGCCAACCUCUUAGGUGCAAUGGAAAAAUUCAAGACUCCGUGGAAAAAUUUUUUUACUUCUAUGCCUGUCUAUGCAAUAAUUGUUGCAAACUUCUGUAGAAGCUGGACUUUUUAUUUGCUGCUUAUUAGCCAGCCUGCUUACUUUGAAGAGGUGUUUGGGUUUGAAAUAAGCAAGGUGGGUAUGUUAUCUGCUGUGCCGCAUUUAGUGAUGACCAUUAUUGUGCCUAUCGGGGGACAGAUUGCAGAUUUCCUAAGAAGCAGGCAAAUUCUUUCAACCACUAUCGUGAGAAAGAUAAUGAAUUGUGGAGGUUUUGGUAUGGAAGCAACUCUUCUUCUGGUGGUGGGGUAUUCUCAUAGUAAAGGAAUGGCUAUUUCAUUCUUAGUACUCGCUGUGGGCUUCAGUGGAUUCGCCAUAUCCGGAUUCAAUGUCAACCAUUUAGAUAUAGCCCCAAGGUAUGCCAGCAUCUUAAUGGGAAUUUCCAAUGGAGUUGGGACAUUGUCUGGAAUGGUUUGCCCUAUAAUUGUUGGAGCAAUGACAAAGCACAAGACACGUGAAGAAUGGCAGUAUGUCUUCCUUAUUGCUGCUUUAGUGCAUUAUGCAGGAGUUAUAUUCUAUGGCAUAUUCGCUUCAGGAGAGAAACAACCUUGGGCUGACCCUGAACAGACAAGUGAAGAGAAAUGUGGUUUCAUUCAUGAAGAUGAACUUGAUGAAGAGACAGGGGACAUUACUCAGAAUUACGUAAAUUAUGGUACCACUAAGUCUUAUGGUGCUACGACCCAGGUCAAUGGUGGUUGGCCAAAUGGUUGGGAGAAGAAAGAAGAAUUUGUACAAGAAGAAGUCCAAGACUCAUUCAGCCAUAGGGAAAGAGAAGAUUAUUCAUAACAAAUCUCAAUAUUAGAUAUAUUUUGUAGUGUUUGUGAUUAAAUUCAUUGUGAUUGUUUACACACAAAGAAUGUAGUAUAAACAUGUAAACACAUAUCAGGAAGGUCUAACUAAUUAAAAAAAAGGUUACCAUUAAAGUGCAAUCUGUAUGAAUUGUGAUAGGUCAUCACCUCCACUCGGGUGUAUCCAUUCUAUAAACAUUAGAGUUUUAAGGGUUUACUGGUCAAAACUAUAGAGGCAACUAGAUACUUUCAGUAUACAUGAGCUAAAGCUCAUAAUUAAGGAUUAAAGCACAACAACCAACUAAGUUGGCACAUCUAAUAGUCUGUUCAGAAAGCCAAAACUUCUUGAUCUUUAAAAAAUGCACUUAUAUAUUUGUUACACGGUAUUGGAAGAGAUCAUAAACUGAUUGUGUUAAGUAUACACGUUUACUCAGUAAAAUGUAGAGAUUGUGUGUUUGGUCUAAGAUAAGGACUUUCUUCAAGAAGAAAGGAUUCAGUCCUAGACAUCUAUAAGGGUUUGAUACAGUUCUCUUCAAUGGGAAUUGGAUCAUGCUCUAAAAGAACUAAAUAAGGCAUACUGUAUGUUUAUUGUGAUUACAUGCUGCAGGCUACUCUGUGAUAAAUAAAGGAAUUUAUUUGGGUGUUUUAUAUCAAAUGUUUAGGCACAAAUUCUUAUUUGUAUUCUUUACAGAAUAUAAUGAAAUUAUAGUAUGUGUCACAUUCUUCCUUACAUUUACCAACCAGUAUAAAAACAGCAUAUAAUGUUCAAUCUGAAUUUUCAUGCAGACUGUAAAACAACCUUUGCAAGAAAUACUUUCAAUGUAUUUUAAUUAUAGUAAAUUACUUUGUACUGGUUGCAAAUCACUUUAGAAGAAAAAGAGAUAUACCCUACAAAAAUAUGUGCCCCCUCCCCAGAUAAUCCAAAGUAAAAAUUACCAGGAGCAAGUAGCCCAACACAAAAUGGAUGUAUUUGUUUUGCAGAGUAUUUUGAACUAAAUGAAAGAAACAGAAAAUAAUUUAUUCAUCCUUCUUCUCUUGAUAGUUUUCCUAUUUUGUCAUACUGUGGCACAGUUGUAUAAAUAGAUAAAAGUUUAUUGAAGAUACUGUAAUUAUAGAAAAUGUUGUUAUUUUACAAAGCCCUGAAUUCAAAAAUGUAUUUGUCAAAUAGAAUUCUAAUAAAUGCUGAAUAUGAGUAACAAUCCUCACAAUAAACCAAAGUGGCAAAUAACUAGUGAUGGAUUUAGGAAGAGUAUUACUUCUACUUUCAUUAUGCUUGUCUUCUCUUAGCAUAACUCAAGAAGAAUUGCAACAUUAGUGUACCAAGCAAUAAGUGCAAUGCAUUAUAAAGUGCAUAAUCUUUUAGUCUAUAUAGUACCUUUAUAUUAAGCUUGUUGUAGACAUUUGGGAUUGUUGGGAUUAAAACCAAACCAAACCAAAUUAAAGUUAGCAACACUUGACCGCUUCUUAAUGCUCUAAAAAUGACAAUGGUGAUCCAUUUCCCAACUCAAAUCAAAUGAUUAUCAUUGUAUGUAACAAUCCAUUCCGGAUUUUUUAUCUGUUCAUUGUAUUGUGCUAGUGAUUGGAGGCCCUGCUAUUGCAAUAUACAACUUGAGGAUUGUUUCUUCUUCUUCCUUUUUUUUAAAUGCAAAUCAUACUUUGACCUUAAGGGAAAAAAAAUAUUUUGCUUUGUGCCUCAAAGUGAUGUAAAAUGUGACCAUAGCUUUUGCUGUGUUUAAUGAAAACGUGGACUGUGUCACUUUUGUUGCUGCAAAAAGUGUUAAUAAA